CGAGGUGCUUCCAGCUCUCUGCGAGCGCGCCGGAGCCGGCAUUCCCGAGGCCGGCUUGCUGCGGCUGAGGAGACAACAUUCAGAGACCUUCUUUGAUUAGGAUGUGUCACUGUUGUCAGGGCAACUGUUAACAGCAGCGUAUCAUAUUUUCUCCUCUUCUGUGGCGUGCUGAAUAUUUUAGCGUGCUGUAGCUGGAAGAAGGUUGCAGGGAAAAAGGUGCUGCGCAAGGAACCCGGAGCUGUGGGCUGGGAUCUGAUUGAACAGGUUAAGACAGCAACGAGCAGCAUCUGAACCAGUGUGCCUUUAAUUAGGGCUUUUCUUGAAGGUGGAGGAAAACUGCAGGCCAUCUGCAGCCAAGUGGAUGUUGGUAUUUGUCAGCUGUUUGCAUACUGCUUAUCCAUAGGGGAUCUAUUACAAGUGCUCAAAUGAGCAGGCAGCGUUGCAGCUAGCUGCUACGCAGGGGCUGCAGUUUCUUACUUUUUUUCCUUGAAAUAAGCAAGAGGGAACAGCGACAUGCCUAGUUCAACUACUGCUCUCCGUCAAGAGAGACUGAAGAAGACGAGUGCCAGGCCAAAUCCCCUGGGUUUAUUCACCAUUAACGAAGAAGAUGAGCAGCAAAAGAAUGGGAAUCCUAAAAGGCUGAAAGCAUCUGAAGGUUCUAAAACACAAGACAAGAAAGUCACUUCAGGACCAAGCAGUAACAGUGCUGGAGCUAAAGCAGAUCAUCCACCAAUACUAAAGGUUGAUGACAGGCAACGGCUUGCUAGGGAACGGAGAGAAAAACGAGAAAAACAAUUAGCUGCAAGAGAAUCUAUCUGGUUAGAAAGAGAAGAGAGAGCACGGCAACAUUAUGAAAAACACCUAGAAGAACGCAAAAAGAAACUAGAAGAGCAGAGAUUAAAGGAAGAGAGAAGACGAGCUGCUGUAGAAGAAAAGCGAAGGCAGAGAAUAGAAGAAGAUAAGGAACGACAUGAAGCUGUUGUACGUCGCACAAUUGAAAGAAGCCAGAAGCCAAAACAAAAGCAAAACAGGUGGUCCUGGGGAGGAGCGCUACAUAGCAGCAUUAAUAACACAGAUCCAGACAGGCGAUCUGUUUCAACAAUGAACCUUUCGAAACAUGUUGAUCCAGUCAUUAACAAGCGGCUCUCCUCCUCAUCUGCAACAUUACUAAAUUCUCCAGACAGAGCUCGCCGCCUACAGCUCAGUCCAUGGGAGAGCAGCAUCGUUAGCAGGCUCCUGACGCCCACUCACUCCUUCCUGGCCCGAAGUAAAAGCACUGCUGCAUUGUCUGGAGAUGCAGUUAUCCCCAUUUGUCCCCGUUCAGCAUCUUGCAGCCCCAUCAGCCCUCUGUCCUACAAGGCCAUGAACUGUAGGAAUCCUGCAGACCGAGCAAAACUUUUUGCCUCUACUCCUGAUGCUGUUGGACGUAGGAGGACAGCACAUCUUGCAGGGACUGACAAAAAAGAAAAGGAGAGAGACCAUUUGUCAUCCAACUUCUCAGCCAGCUUUAAAGGAGGUCAUUUUUCUUCCAACCCCAAAGCUAGAUCACCAGCUCCCUCUCCAGUUUGGCAUGCAUCAAAGUCUUUGCCUUUUUUGCCUGGCACACCCAAGCAGAUAACCUCCCCACCUGGUUCCUCCAAAGCUUCCUCUGCGCAGGCACGUCCUCCCUCUCCUGGCAAUAUCCGACCAGUCAAAAAAGAGGUCAAACCAGAGAGCGAAAAGAAAGGACCAGAAAAGGAAGCUGAAAAGGCCAGUGAGGAGAAGACAGAAGAAAGUAAAGGAACUUUGGCAGGCACUGAAGAGCUCACUGUCCAGGCAGAGCUUGCUCAAGCAGCCACCCCAUCCUCACCUCCUGCUCCACCAGCUCUUUCUCCACUCCCAGCCCCCACGAAGACCUCUGCAGGUACAACUGAUCCUGAAGAAGCAACAAGGCUGCUGACUGAAAAGAGGCGCCUGGCCCGGGAGCAGCGGGAACGGGAGGAGCAAGAAAGGAGGGAGAGAGAAGAGCUUGAAAGGCAAAAGAAAGAAGAAUUGUCCCAAAGGAUAGCUGAAGAAAGAGCCCGCCGAGAAGAGGAAGAAGCUCGCAGACAGGAAGCAGAAAGAAAACAAAGGGAGGCAGAGGAGGAGCGGGAAAAAGAAGAACGGCUACGCCGACAGGCAGAAGAGAGAGAACAGAAGGAGAGAGAAGAGAUGGAGCGCAUUCAGAAACAAAAAGAAGAAGAAGCUCGCCUACGGGAAGAGGCAGAGCGGAUUCGGUUAGAACGUGAAAAGCAUUUCCAAAGAGAAGAGCAGGAGCGCUUAGAAAGGAAGAAGAGGCUUGAAGAGAUCAUGAAGAGAACUAGGCGUGUAGAAGCUGUAGAUAAGAAACCUAAUGACCAGCAAAAUGGACAUGUAUCAAAGGCAAAUAUUACUGGAGAAACAGUCAUAGCAAGUCCUGCAUCUCCCUUGGAACCCGCAGUAGGACUUCAGCAUGCAACACAGUCUCCACACAAUGGGAAACCUGUAACCCGUACUCAUGUAAUUGUUUCACAUCAAGUCCCCAUAAAUAUGGACAGCAAUCUCAACCCAGAGAAAAAUACAAAUGAAAAUGGCAUGUCUAUGCAGAAUGACAACUUUGAAGAGAUCAUAAACCUACCUAUUGGAUCUAAACCAUCCCGCCUGGAUGCCAUGAACAAUGAUGGACGCAAUAGUCCUGAAAUUCCUUUGAAUCCAAUUUUAGCCUUUGAAGAUAAGGGGACUCUGUUGCCUCAGGUAGAUAGUGUUCAAACACAUCAAACAGCAGAAGUGAUCUAAUUGUUUCUUCUGAAGAACCAAAGGUGAUAUAAGCAUCUCUGCAGUUGGUGGAAUUUCUUCCAUGCUAUGAAGGAGUGUUUUAUUUUUCCUCUCCAGUUUUUUAAAAAUUUCUUGGAUAUCUUUUUUUUGGAAGGACUUUAGUAAAACCAGCAGAAGAAAUGAUGGGAAUAGACUUGGAUCGCCUUUCUAAUAGUUUUCAUCACUAGAAAAAUCAUGCUUCACGUGCAUUACUUAAAAUGGCUUUUUCCAACAAGCUUUUUCUGUUAGUAAAUGGAUAUUUUCUGCAUUCCUUAAGACACAAGACACUGGAGUCUGAAAGCAAUGAUGAUUGGGGUGGUGGGACUGAUUCUUCUUUUAAAAGAUAGGUGUUGGUUUAAAAGGCAUAAUUCUAAAAUUGGCAAAGAAUCUUUUUCACUUUAUGGCUCUAAUACUUGAAAAAUAAAUACCUCAUUGCUCUACAAGUAGAGUUAAUGGGGUAUUUUAUUUAAACCUAUUGGUUUAAAUAUUAUUGCAGAGAACUCUAAUUAUGGGGGCAAAGUAUAGGCUUCUGUAUCGGGUUCUUGUAAAUGUAAUUCCUACAGGGACAUUCUGUAAAUUGAGACGUCACUAUGAUCUUGCAUUUUCUCUAAAAACACAAAACAAGGCAGGUUUUAAAAUGUGAAAAUUUGAAAGCAUUAUUUUUUCAUGGACAAGAAGAAAACCUAUUGUUCUCCUAGAUGAUGUAUUUAUGAAUUUUGUUCAGUACAAAAAUCAUUUAAUUGAAUAAAUUAGAAAAAUGUGGUAAAAUGAUACUGCAAACUUGAUUUUUUUGUUACAUUCGUGUUCACAGUACUAUAGAAGAGGUGUACGCUUGUGCACAUAUGUGCAUGUACAUACAGGGAAAUAUCCUGUUGUUCUGAGUCCUGUAAAUUGCUGCUGUUCCCAACGAUAGAGGACUUUUCCUUUGCCUUACCAGACUAUGAAGACUGUGUGAAACCUGAAAUAUUUGAUUUUUGGAUGAGAAAGCAGGUUUGUUUGGGGAUUAUUUUGGUUUUGCUCGUUUCAGAGCAAAUGGAAAAUGGUCAAUGGUUGGGUUGUGCUUUUUAUGUAGCGUGUGAUUUUUCUAACGCAGUACCGUUCGAGUGGUAAGAGGAGCAAUGCAGGUUGCUUUCUCUUUCGUUUGUUGAUGCUGAUUUCUACUAUCAUUGUUCCAUCCCUGUCACUUUUGUUGCUGUUGGGCAUAACUGUAAAAUCUUGCACCCUUUUAUGCUUUGAUAAACAAUGCUUGUUACAGGUAGAUCUCACUAGGUAUUUGUGUCUGAAACGCCAACCAGGGCUUGAUGUGUUGCUUGCUGAAGUCAGUGAGUAGAUCCUUAGCUAGUGGAAACUGAGGUUUAUGUGGUUUCAGUUUAUGCUAGCUGAGAAAGUACGCAUUAAGAUUCCUGUGCUUGCCUUUGAGCACGCAGUGAGGCCUGUAACAGGCGGUGCAGCAAGUCUGUGAGAGUAGAAGAACUCUUCUGAGAUAAGAGCUGAAGAAUUUUUGAAGAAGUUACUUUCUGCUGCUGAAGAGUGCCCAUCUUAUAAAGGAGAUGGGAUAAAACCAAUGGAAAUGCAAUGAGAAGGUACUUCGUAGGCCAGAUUAUACAGAAGGGGAAGAAAAAAAAAGCCAUUCAGUCAGAAUGCUUCAAUAGUAGUCUGUAACAUGGUAAAAUUAAUUGGGUCUCUUUCUCACUUUCUUUAGUUCUCUGUGUACAUAGCCACAAUAUUUUUAAAUGUCUGAUAUAUGUACUUUUUCUUUAAAACUAUAUAGCAUGUAAGUACCAAAUAAAACUUGUUUGAAAUAUUUACUUCUAUUUAUAUUUUGAUUUUUCUUGUUGCAUAGUUGAAGCAGGAGUCAAUAUAUGAUGGAAAGCUGCUCUUGGUUCACUGGUUUGCUACAAACCUUUCUUCAGAUUUCCUCUAAUCUCUUUACUAGAAAAUCAGUACAGGGGCACUAACAGCUACAGACAGAACAAGGACAUGGCCAGGAAGAUUUGAAUUCAUUUUUUUAAGCCUAAGGAUUAAAUUAGGCUCAGGUUUAAAUGAUGUUUUGAAGUCUCAUGAAAACAGUCAGCAAUAUCUCAAGAACAGAGAUUAAGAGCCUGCCUUCGUUUUUCAUGUGUAUUUUCUGAACUGCACCGCAAUAAGAACAAUUUGUAUUUAUUCCAGGUUUGUUUCAAAUGAAAGAGAAAUCUUUCUGCCUCUCUGUCAAGGUUCCUGGCAUACAACCUGAAGGCUGGUGAAUGGGUUCACAAUUAGGGAUAUGAAUCAGAAAAACUAAAGAAUGAAAAUGGAUUCAAAUUUCCAGUCUGGGUUUUAAUCUCCUUGCUUUAAAUGCAGGGAAAAGUAGUCUCACUUCUUUUGAAUAUUGUUUUUAUAAUAAAAUACAGUUUCAAAUGGAGGGCCAGCUCUUUGCUUGUUACUGCAACUGUUUUUAUUUGCCCUAUCAGAGGCAACAGUGAACCCAGUGAAUUCAGUGAGGUAGAGCCAGCAAUUGCAGAAGGUUACUUACAGCUUUUCUGAAUGGGGUUGGAUAGUAACCUUUGCCAGCAACUAGACUGUGUGUUUUGGAAGGGCUCCUCACCUUGCUGACAUCUCAACAGCGCAACAGAUAAAUGCUUAUGUGGGUGAUGAUCAGUGAACUUAAUUUGUUCCAUGACAGCUGCUGCGUUAUUCACAACUAGCUUUGCAUAUUUUACAUUUUUCUCUCAUUUAUCUCAUCGUUCCUGAUGAAAAAUGCUUCAUUAGCUUCAUUGUUGCCAAGACCUUGAAGUAAUGAUUGCAAUUAAACAUAUAUAACGAAAACAGAUACAAGGUAGACUCUAACGUCAUUACUUAUUCCACUGGUCAUAAAAUACUGCCUCUGAUUUUGUUCCUAGCAGUGUCAUUCCGCUCUUUGUAGUCUUGUAUUUUAAUAAGCGCAACUGCACAAAAUUGACCACAUGGGUCUU